UGAAAGGGAGUCGGUAGGACCGGAUGUUUCCGUGAAGCUGCUGUGCUAACAGCUAACAGCUAGCAGCUAACGGUAAACUCGGCCAAAGUACCGAGCCGCCGCCACACACACCGGCGGAGCGACUGAGCUCUCCGGGUUCCUCUCCGGGUUCCUCUCCGGGUUCCUCUCCGGGUUCCUCACAUGGUGCUGACCCAGUAAAGAAGCUUCUGGAAGCUCGUGCACGCGCACAAACAUCUCCAUGGCUACGGAAGAGUUCUACGAGGUGGAGCGGAUCGUGGAUCGACGGAGGAACAGGAAGGGGAAGGUAGAGUACCUGGUCAGGUGGAGAGGUUAUGGAGCGGACAGCGACACCUGGGAGCCUGAGACUCACCUGUCCACCUGCAUGAUCUACGUUCACGACUUUAACCGUCAGUACACCGAGCGGCAGAGGAACAGCACGCUGCUGCGCUCCACCCGUGCCUUGCCUGGUCUCCUCUGCAGCCCCGCCCACAGACCGCCCCUCAGGCCACCGCCUGCCUCCACAGCUCGCAGUGACGGCAGCAGUGACAUCACUGGAGUCGUCCUCGGCCCGGCUCACCCGCCUCUCGUGGGACCGACCCGCCCGGCCACCAUCAGCUCCCAGCAGCCCUCGCUGGCCGGCAGGUUCGGCGGCGGCGUGAUGUCGGCGCCUCCGGCCGGCUCGGCCCGCCGCAGCGUGGACCUGUCCAAGACCGGCAUCAAGAUCCUGGUCCCUAAGAGCCCCAUGAACAGCCGGCUGGACUCGGAAGACUCGCCGAGCGAGGCGGCCCACAGCUUGGAGGCUGGCGCUCAGGAGGCACACCUGGUGCCGCCGGAGGUCGCCCUGCUGGAAAAACCCCCAGGCGUCCAGCUGGGGCCUGGAGAGGAGAGGGCCCGCAUGGGGACAAGGCCCCGCAUCCAGAACCCCCUGCCCCCGCCCCGGGUUCCCCUCACACCCGCUGCCAUGCGCUCACUCAGCGGCACAGGUAGCUCCGCCCUGAUGGAGGCCGUCUCAGCCAAUGGGAUGUCAGGUGUUCAGAGUGUCGUUACCGGGACGACCAGUGUGACGGGGAAGCGCCGUCUGGAGGAACGUUCUGCUUUUGACAAACGUCUGAGGUUCAGUGUGCGACAGACUGAGAGUGCGUAUCGUUACCGCGACAUUGUGGUCAAGAAACAAGACGGCUUCACCCACAUCCUGUUGUCCACCAAGAGCUCCGAGAACAACACGCUCAACCCUGAGGUGAUGAAGGAAAUCCAGAGUGCCAUGGCGACCGCAGCGUCAGACGACAGUAAGCUGGUGUUGCUGGGUGCUGUCGGCAGCGUCUUCUGCUGCGGCCUUGACUUUCUGUACUUCAUCAGACGGCUGACGGACGACAGGAAGAAGGAGAGCAUCAAGAUGGCCGAAACCAUCCGGACCUUUGUCAACACCUUCAUCCAGUUCAGGAAGCCCAUUGUGGCGGCGGUCAACGGGCCAGCGCUCGGCCUCGGCGCCGCCAUCCUGCCGCUCUGCGAUGUGGUUUGGGCCAAUGAGAAGGCCUGGUUCCAGACACCGUAUGCCGCCUACGGCCAGACGCCCGAUGCCUGCGCCAGCUUCACCUUCCCCCGCAUCAUGGGCCCCGCCUCGGCUAACGAGCUGCUGCUGAGCGGCAGGAAGUUGACGGCUCAGGAGGCGUGUUCCAAAGGUUUGGUCUCUCAGGUUCUCUGGCCGGGAACUUUCACACAGGAAGUGAUGCUGCGAGUCAAAGAGCUGGUGACCGUCGACUCUCUGGUUCUGCGGGAGUCCAAAGCUCUGAUGAGGAACACGAGCCGCGGUGCCUUGGAGCAAACCAACGAGCGCGAGUGUGAAGCCCUGAAGAGAGUGUGGGGUUCCUCACAGGGAACCGACUCCAUCCUGCAGUACCUGCAGCGUGGAACCGACCUCUGCUAGAACCACAAGAACAGAGAACCACAAGAACAUAGAAUCUCAGGAACAUAGAACCACAAGAACAUAGAACCAGAGAAACAGAGAACCACGUUUCCUCCUUUUUGUUGAAACAAAGUUCUGUUCUCAGCAGAACAUUUCUUUGGGACAUUUCUAGAGAUCCUCCUGUUCUCCUCCACAGUCUGGGGUUCCACAGGGUUCCACUGUGGUCCUCAGCUGUUUGUGGUGAUGACAUUAGUAAAUUUGGGAUGAUGAUGUCAUACUGAUGAAGGACUCAGGUUCUGAUGUUCCUGUCAGACCAAACUGAGGGCUGAGAGCUCAUAGCUCAUAGGAGAAACUGAACAGACGCGUUCAGGGUUUAAAAAGCUCCUCAGACUGGACGCCGUUCACACAGGAAGUACUCAGUGACCAUGGUAACGGCACAUUCUUUAAGUUAAACUAGGCUAACAGGCCCUCUUUGUUUAAAGUCUUAAUGCUAAGCUAGGCUAACAGUUUCCCUUUGUUUCUAGUCUUUAUGCUAAGCUAGGCUAACAGUUUCCCUUUGUUUCUAGUCUUUAUUCUAAGCUAGGCUAACAGUUUCCCUUUGUUUCUAGUCUUUAUUCUAAACUAGGCUAACAGUUUCCCUUUGUUUCUAGUCUUUAUUCUAAGCUAGGCUAACAGUUUCCCUAGGUUUCCAUUCCAUAUGCUAAGCUAGGCUAACAGUUUCCCUAUGUUUCCAGUCUUUAUGCUAAGCUAGGCUAACAGUUUCCCUAUGUUUCCAGUCUUUAUGCUAAGCUAGGCUAACAGUUUGAUGGAGAUUUUAAACGACUGCUCUUUUAAAUGGAGGUGACCUCUGACCUCCCAGAAUCCCCUCUGAUGAAUUCCCACAUGGAGGAUAAACCGGAAGUGGAGGCCAAGCUGACACAGGAAAUGAACUUUGACCUUAAUCCCAAUUCUCUGAAACGUCCUCAGAGCGUCUCACCGAUUUUAUACAAGAACCUGUUAUUAUUAUUAUUAUUAUUAUUAUUAUUAUUACUAUUAUUACUGUAUUAUCUGUUGUUAUUAUUAUUGUUGUUGUUAUUGUUAUUAUUAUCAGAGCAGAGCGGCUCGAUUUCGAGUGAGCAACAGAAGAAGAAAUCACCCAAAAAUUAGUAAGAAUUUCAAAUAUACAUAUUUGUUUACUAUAAAUAUUGUUUAUUUUGAGAUAUUUCAGUAACUAACGUUUUCUUCCUAAAGGAUUUUGUUUGUUUUUAAAUCAGCGAUUUUUGUAUUAGUGUUUUUUCUCUAAAACUUUAUGAUCUU